AUGCCACUCCUUGAAGUCCCCUCUCUUUUCGAGCUUGCCGCGUCUACUACAAAUGGCUUCAAGAAUCACCCAAAGCCUUUACUAAUGAAAUCCCCUGUUAUGCAGGCCUUUGAAAACACAUCUACCAAUGUGGCUGCGAGCCAAAUGCGAAAUGCCCUCAACAACCUCGCCGAUACUGUCAAAGACCCCGCAGAGAAGAAGCGUUUCGAAGCCGAAAUGGACAACUUCUUCGCUCUCUUCAGAAGAUAUCUCAAUGACCGAGCAAAGGGCAAUACCAUUGACUGGGCCAAGAUUAACCCUCCCAACCCAGAUCAGGUCGUCAACUACGACAAACUCCCCAAUAGUGACGCUGUUGAUUUCCUGAAUAAACUCGCUGUUGUCAAGCUCAACGGUGGUCUUGGUACUUCCAUGGGUUGUGUCGGUCCCAAAUCCGUCAUUGAAGUCAGAGAUGGCAUGUCCUUCCUUGAUCUCUCAGUUCGCCAGAUCGAGUACCUCAACCGCACUUAUGAUGUCAAUGUCCCAUUCGUCCUGAUGAACAGCUUCAACACCGACGAGGACACUGCUGCCAUCAUCAAGAAGUACGAGGGUCACAACAUUGAUAUUUUGACCUUCAACCAAUCCAGAUAUCCUCGUGUGCUCAAGGAUUCGCUUCUCCCUGCACCAAAGACCAAUGACUCUGCACUUUCCGACUGGUAUCCACCUGGACACGGUGACGUUUUCGAGUCGCUCUACAAUUCCGGCAUCCUUGAUCAGCUACUUGACCGAGGAAUCGAGAUCAUCUUCUUGUCCAAUGCUGAUAACUUGGGCGCUGUUGUUGAUCUCCGAAUUCUGCAGCACAUGGUUGAGACCAAGGCUGAAUACAUCAUGGAAUUGACCGACAAGACCAAGGCUGACGUCAAGGGUGGUACCAUUAUUGAUUACGAAGGCAAAGCCAGACUUCUCGAAAUUGCACAAGUCCCCAAGCAAUACGUCAAUGAAUUCAAGUCGAUCAAGAAAUUCAAGUACUUCAACACCAACAACAUUUGGAUGAACCUCCGAGCUAUUAAGCGCGUUGUUGAAGCCAAUGAGCUCGAGAUGGAGAUCAUUCCCAAUGACAAGUCAAUCCCGGCAGACAAGAAGGGUGAAGCAGAUAUCAGCAUUGUUCAACUUGAAACUGCUGUUGGUGCUGCCAUCAAACAUUUCAAGAAUGCUCACGGUGUCAACGUUCCUCGAAGACGCUUCUUGCCAGUCAAGACUUGCUCCGACCUUAUGUUGGUUAAAUCCAACCUUUACACUUUGAGCCAUGGUCAAUUAGUCAUUGAUCCCAACCGAUUCGGCCCUGCUCCUUUGAUCAAGUUGGGCAGCGAUUUCAAGAAGGUUGCUCAAUUCCAGAAGAGAAUUGGCAGCAUUCCCAAUAUCGUGGAAUUGGACCAUUUGACAGUCACUGGCGAUGUCAACUUUGGCCGGGGUAUUGUUCUCAAGGGUACCGUCAUUAUCGUUGCCACGGAGAACAGCACCAUUGAUCUCCCUCCUGGAUGUAUCCUCGAAAACGUGGUUGUCCAAGGAAGUUUGAGAUUGCUUGAGCACUAG